AUGGUGGAAAGUUUACUGAGGAGCAACAGAUUCAGCAACAAUAAGAAAUUCAAUAUUUGUCUCUUCUUUAUGUUGUUACUUAUGUACUUUUUAACGCUAGGUGAAAAUUUCCUGAUUAUUAUAUUAGUGUCUUAUAACAAAAGUCUCCACUCUCCGAUGUACUUGUUCCUCACUCAGCUAUCUGUAUCUGACAUCAUGCUGACCAUAGAUAUUGUCCCCAACAUGCUAAAUAUUGUACUAAAUGAGCGACCCUCUAUAUCCUUUUCAGGCUGCAUCACACAGCUUUAUUUCUUCGGUUUGCCAGUAGGUUUUGAAUGUUUCCUUCUGACAGUGAUGUCCUAUGACCGCUAUCUAGCCAUCUGUUCUCCUCUGCAUUAUUCCUCCAUUAUGAACCAAGCAUUUUCUGUGAAAUUAAUUUUGGCCUCUUGGCUGUUGAGCUGCUCUAUAUCGCUAAUUUUUGCGAUUAGCAUAUGUCAAUUACACUUCUGUGGGCCAAAUACUAUUGAUCAUUUCUUUUGUGAUUUAGAACCUCUUUUAAAACUUUCCUGUUCAGAUGUGACAAUGGUUCAAAUAGAAGCCAGUAUAAUAUCUAUUCCUGAUAUAGUAAUUCCUUUUAUUUUAACAGUAGUUUCAUAUAUGUAUAUUGUGGUAACCAUAGUAAAGAUACCAUCCUUCUCAGGGAGACUGAAAUCUUUUUCCACCUGCAGCUCCCACCUGGCGGUUGUAUCGAUGUAUUAUGGCACUCUGACCAUCAUGUAUGUUCUUCGAAAUGAAGACCAGUCACAGAUAAUUAGCAGGAUACUAGCAGCGAUGUAUACUGUGCUAACUCCUUUUUUAAAUCCUUUCAUAUACUGUUUGAAGAAUAAGGACAUAAAAGAAGCUUAUAAAAAUAUUGUAUAUAAACAACGAGCCUACUUUUCAACAUUGGGGUUGAGAUUUAGAUAA